AUGACUACCAAAAGGAUCACAUUUAAAUCUUCAAAACUUUCAUCUGCUGCCGAUCAAUUAUGGUUGGCUAGCAAAAAUGGUUUUAAAGCCGAUGAAAAGAGUAUCAAAUUAGAUUUGGGUAAAACACUUACUAAAGAUACACCUGAAGUACGCAUAGCAGAUUUCGAAGAGACAUGUGCUACUGGGUCGUUUAUAUUUGGCUCUAAAAUGUCGGAGAAAGUUAUCAUCAAUAAUGAAGACAAGGAAACAAAAAAAAGUACCACUGUCAGUUGCGCUGGUGAUGGGUUUACACAACUUGAUACUAAAGAUGCAACUCCAAAAAGUGUAAUGCAAGUUUUCGAAGAAAUUAAACAGAAAGGAGCUGCAUCAUCUUUUAUUAUUAGUGAUAAAGGAAGUUCAAUCUCAACGGAUUCAUUUCCUGCGUCAUCAACUUCACUUACUAAACUAAAUAAACCAAUCGAGGCGCAUGAAAAGAAUGCCGUAGUUUCAUCAAAAUCAAAUGUUUUUACUGGUGAGGAAGGUGAAGUAAAUAUAUAUCGUGCCAUGUGCAAGUUACAUUCGUUUGACAGUCGAACUAAAUCAUGGAAAGAGUGUGGCCUGUCUUGUUUGCAUAUUAACCAAUAUGGCCUUGAGUUUCCUCCUACAUAUCGAAUUGUUGGUCGUGGAAUGGGUAAUCAGAGAGUAAUAUUGAACUCGCAAAUAUUUUCGGAUAUGAUCGUAGAGAAGGUGUCAAUGAAACGAUUGAAGUUUUCAGCUACAGCUCCUGAUUCAGAAGUCCCAGUGCUCUUUCUUGCAUCGGCGUCUGAAUUUGUGACGACACAACUUCACGAAAUUCUGUUUCGAAUUGUAGAAGAAAAGAAACGAGUAAGUCGUAAGAGGAGGGUAGGGAAUAGCAGCUUAGAUCCGGUCCCUUCAGAAUCAAGUAAAGAAAUCAGAAAAAACUAA